AUGAAAAUCAACAAUCGAAAAAGUGAAGCUGACAUGUCUGCAAAUGAUUUACAUGAAAAUCUUCUUCAAUAUUCGGAAUAUUCUUCUCAUAUACAUUGUCGAUUUUUUCCAUUUUGGCCACCACGAGAUGUUGAUUUAUUACAAUGGCUUUCUCAUUGGAUUAAACAAGGUGCUCUACCUAUUGCAAUAAUGAAUAUGUAUCAUUAUCAUUCUCAAAAAAUUAAUUUUUAUUGUACAUCUUCAUCUUGGCAACAUCGUAUAAUUUAUGGUGUUGAACCUCGUGGAAUAUAUUUAAUGAAUCCAAUACAAAUACAAUCUCCUCAACAAAUCUAUGAACAAUUAACUGUUGAUUCAAUAACAUAUAUUAUACGUCAAGAAAUUGUUCAACGUUAUAAUCAAUCUCCAAUGUGUUUAACACCAUUAGCAAUAAAUAAUAAUAAAUCAAGAUUAUUUUCAGAUACAAGGUGGCGUACAAUGAAUGUUCUUGGACAAGUUGUUAAUGUUUUACGUGAAGAUCGUCAAUUAAAUGAAAAUGAAACACGUAAUAUUCCAUAUCGUCCAACUGUAACACAUGUUCGAAUACCAUCAACAUGUUCAUCCGGCAUUUUGAUUUUUUCAAAAGAUUAUAAUCAAUUAAUAAAUGCGAUAGACUUACCAUUAAGACAAUAA